GCGUAACGUGAAGCGUUAGUCCCCAAUCCUCACUGACGCGGGACUCCAGCCCGGUUGUUGCGGCAUAGGCGGUAGGAGGAGAUACAGAGGGGAUACAGGGACUCCUGCAGGCUGAUUUCAGCAGCUCAGCACUCGCAGGUGGAGUCGCGCACCGAUCCGGAGCUUCGUCUGAGAGCCGAGCGCGCGCACUCACUCACUCACUCGCCCAAAUUAAUAAAUAAAAUAAUUAAUACAGCGAGCUCGUGUUCAAACCAACUACAAUGAGAGCAAAUCUGUCGCAGUCAGUCCAAUCCUCAUAUGACUCCCAGCCAUUUAAAAUUUGAUGAACAGUUUUUGGAGAGCUCCUUGGAUUGAUCCCAGUGUUGUUCCAGUCAUGAAGAACAGGAGGGAAUAUGUGGAAUACUGGAGCGCGAUUAUAGUGUCUCUCUUCUGGAUUCACAGCUCUGUCGGGAUGCCCCAUGUCAUACGGAUAGGUGGAAUUUUUGAACAAAUGGAUGGACCCGUGGCGCUCGUCAGCUCUGAGGAACUGGCCUUUAAAUUUGCUGUUAAUAAUAUCAACAGAAACAGGACAUUAUUGCCCAACACAACGUUAACGUACGACAUUCAGAGGAUUAAUAUCUAUGAUAGCUUUGAGGCCUCCAGAAAAGCGUGCGACCAGCUGUCUUUAGGUGUAGUUGCCAUAUUUGGGCCGUCUCACAGCUCCUCAUCGAAUGCUGUACAGUCUAUCUGCAAUGCCCUGGAGGUGCCACACAUUCAAGUGCGAUGGAAACACCACCCGAUGGACAACAGGGAUUCAUUUUAUGCCAACCUCUACCCGGAUUACUCUUCUCUCAGCUACGCUAUCUUAGACCUGGUGCAGUUCCUCAAGUGGAAGACAGCCACCGUGGUUUACGAUGACAGCACAGGUUUAAUCAGACUCCAGGAGUUAAUUAUGGCUCCAUCAAGGUAUAACAUCAGGCUGAAGAUCCGACAGCUCCCUCUGGACACCACGGACACCAGACCUCUGCUCAAAGAGAUGAAAAGGAGCAGAGAGUUUCGUAUUAUCUUCGACUGUAGCCACAUAAUGGCUGCCCAGAUCCUCAAACAAGCUCAGAUGAUGGGGAUGAUGACAGAGUACUAUCACUACAUCUUCACCACUCUGGAUCUCAUGGCCAUAAACCUGGAGCCGUACCGUUUCUGCGGUGUCAAUAUGACUGGCUUCCGCAUCCUAAAUGUUGACAAUCCUCAGGUCGCCUCCAUUGUGGAGAAGUGGUCCCUUGAGAGGCAGAUUCCCCCAAAACCUGACUCCGGUCUCCUGGAAGGGAUCAUGACGACAGAUGCUGCUCUGACGUACGACGCUGUCCACAUCGUGUCGGUUUCUUACCAGCAUGCGCCGCAGAUGACUGUCAACUCAUUGCAGUGUCAUCGCCACAAACCCUGGAGGUUCGGAGGACGCUUCAUGAGUUUCAUUAAAGAGUCUCAUUGGGAUGGCCUGACGGGACGGCUGUGCUUCAACAGAACUACAGGUCUGCGCACCGACUUUGAUCUUGAUAUUGUGAGUCUUAAGGAGGAUGGCCUUCAAAAGGUGGGGAAGUGGAGUGCAUCUGGGGGCUUGAACAUCACGGAGGUCCCCAGGCAGAACGGCAUGAACAUCACUGACUCGCUUUCCAACCGCUCGCUGGUCAUCACCACCAUCCUGGAGGAGCCAUAUGUCAUGCUUAAGAGGUCUGACAAGGCACUCGUCGGCAAUGACCGCUUUGAGGGCUUCUGUAUUGACCUGCUUAAGGAGUUGGCCAGCAUUCUGGGUUUUUCCUACGAGAUCCACCUGGUGCCGGAUGGAAAGUAUGGGUUUCAAGAUGAUAAAGGCCAGUGGAAUGGGAUGAUAAAGGAACUCAUGGAACACAGAGCUGACCUUGCUGUGGCUCCUCUCACAAUCACCUUUAUGCGAGAGAAAGCUAUCGACUUCUCCAAACCUUUCUUGAACACUGGCAUCAGUAUCCUGUACCGCAGACCCAACGGCACCAACUCUGGCUUCUUCUCUUUUAUGAACCCCAUGACCCCUGAUAUCUGGGUCUACAUCCUGUUGGCCUACCUGGGAGUCAGCUGUGUACUCUUCGUCAUCGCCAGGUUCAGCCCGUACGAGUGGUAUGACGCCCAUCCGUGUAACCCAGGCUCCGAUGUGGUAGAAAACAACUUCACCCUUCUCAACAGCUUCUGGUUUGGCGUGGGCUCCCUCAUGCAGCAAGGUUCAGAACUGAUGCCUAAAGCUCUCUCUACUCGAAUCAUCGGGGGAAUCUGGUGGUUCUUCACCCUCAUCAUCAUCUCCUCCUACACAGCGAAUCUGGCCGCUUUUCUCACUGUAGAGAGGAUGGAUUCGCCCGUGGACUCAGCCGAUGACCUGGCCAAACAGACCAAAAUAGAGUACGGCGUAGUCAAAGAUGGAGCAACCAUGUCCUUCUUUAAGAAAUCAAGAGUGUCUACAUUUGAGAAGAUGUGGGCUUUCAUGAGUAGCAGGCAGAGCACGUCGUUUGUUAAGUCCAUUGAAGAUGGAAUUCAGAGAGUGUUAAAGUCAGACUACGCCCUUCUAAUGGAGUCAACGACCAUUGAGUAUGUGACACGCAGAAACUGCAAUCUUACGCAAGUCGGCGGCAUCAUCGACAGCAAAGGUUACGGCAUCGGCACCCCAAAAGGCUCGCCAUACAGGGAUAAAAUCACAAUCGCCAUCCUCAGUAUCCUGGAAGAUGGCCGUCUUCACAUGCUCAAAGAGAAGUGGUGGAGCGGCAGCAGUUGUCUGGAAGACGAGCGGUAUGAAACGGGUCCCAUGGGCAUCCAGAAUCUGGGCGGCAUAUUCAUUGUAUUGGCGUCUGGUCUGGUGCUGUCAGUGUUUGUGGCUAUAGGAGAGUUCAUCUACAAGCUGCGAAAAAAUGCAGAACGUGAACAGGACUUUCUGCAGUGCGGUGAUGGAAGAGAUCAAACUGUCGUUCACAUGCGAGAAACGGGUGAAACACAAGCUCCACCGCCAGCCGCCAGCCAUGGUGAAGACGGACGCAGUGAUCAACAUGCACUCCUUCAACGACCGUCGCCUGCCAGGAAAGGACAACAUGAGCUGCAACACCGCGAUGACGCCCGUGUUUCCAUGACUUGCCUGGGCGAUGGCCACCUGAGGCAUGUCCCCGGCGCCAUGCCGGAGAGCAGGGACUACGGCCCCGAGAUGAUUACAGCAUUCACCAUCAACCGCAGAGACAUCCGACACCAAAUGGCCAGUCAGAACGGUGGCAGUAGCAGCAAACCAGGUAGUGACCACAUCCUCAAACCAAUGUAUCCCACCAUGCCAUUGCGAGAGGGAGGCCGAUCGGUAUCCUUCCUGUGAGAGCAAGCCACAUCUGCGAAACUAUCCGAAUCUGAUGUUUACAAACGGCAUUUAAAAGCGAAGCUCACGAUCUGACUCGAAGGAGCCCCCCGAUCAAACGAAAAAAUAUGUUUCUCAUUGGAACAAUGUGAAAAUGUGGAGAAGAGGCUUUUUUUGAGCAUGGCAAUAAAUGAAACUAUGGACAGACUCGAAUGGAAGGUUUUCUUAGAGUAUCAUUUAUAGCACAUCAAGUUAAUUUCGAAGAGAUCUGACGAUUUAUCUUUUGAUUUCGUCAAAAUGCUGUGGCGUUUUGGUUGGGACGCAACAAAAAAAGCGCAGUGAAUGUGAUGUACAUUACAGGUAAGCAUCGGACCGUAGGAGCAGUUUAGUUUAACACGCUGUACUGCAGCAGCCAGCGUGACCUGCUAGAAUAGUAGAAAACCCUUAGACUGCAAGUUCCCGAAGGCUACGAAGAGUGUAGCGACAUCCUACGCUCACGGAAAUGCACAAACUAACAGGGUUGAUUUCAUUCGAGCCACCUAAACAAAUUGAAAAAUGAGUAACAAUUCUGUACGGCAGUUUUGAGCAAGACUUGUCCCAUUUUGAUUUAUUCGUGCUUCAUACAUUGCCAGCAGAUGUUUUUUACACAGCGAGAUCUAAUGGUAAUGACGGAUAAACACAACAGUUGCCAAAGAUCUGUCGUCCAAAUGGAUUUAGACACUUGAAACGCAGCUUCCCCUACAGACAAGAGAGCGAGUGACACGUUGCCUCUGCUGUGUUUGUUAAAUGAGAUAUUCCUGAGUAUCACAGCCCUCAUAUCAAGAAUACUCGCUUCACACGGUACAUACAGAGGAUUCGACACAAACACAGAGCUUGCAGUAUGGUGGAGAGAUAAUACCAAGGAAACUAAACCGUUUUAAGAUGUACAUGAGUGAUAAUGUCUCUCGUCGUGUAUCUGUUCGACAAGUCAGUUAUGAUUACAGUGGCAUCUGCGUGAGACCUUUCUGUGUCAACUUGUUUGAAUUACAGAAUGUGUAAGUGGCGUGGCCUUCGUCAGAAAAUGAAUGAGAAAACAUCUGGAUGUUUUUUUUAUCAUAAUUAUUAUUAUUAGUAUUAUUACUCCAUCUUUUCCAUUUUUUUUUUUUUUUAUAAAAAAAUCUUACAUUACUAAAAACAAACUCAAUAAAUUUGAUUAAAGGAAUGCACUUAAAUUGAAGAUCACAUAGUUCCAAAACUUUUUUUUUUUUUUUCCUUGAUAAACAAUAUAAGAUGCUGGGCAGGAUGUUUCAGCUGCACUUUUCUAUACAAUGAAAGCUGAGCGUGAUUUAAACUGCCAAGCUCAAAAAAGGUUAUAUUGCACUUUAAAAUUAGUCCAAAAUGAGACAUCAAAACCUGGCUCUGCCCUGACAGAGAGAGAGAUUAUCUUGAAUAAUGAAUUUUGCAUUUUGGCAUGUUUCUCACUGAUAGCUCUCAUGUAGUUGCAAAUAAUGAACAAGUAUAGACUAAUGUUAAGGCCCGUUUACACUAGGAAUAAUAACUAUACCAAUGACUAUAUUAGCGUCCACACCAAUGGAAUGAUAGCUUUGACAAAAAGAGUAAUGUUCUGUGUGCAUGCAGUUUUGUCGUCUGCUGCUUUAAAUGCUUAAGCUCUCAAGGGUGCUUUCACACGUGGUUCGAUUGCUUAGUCCAGACCAUAGUUUGAUUGAUCCCGGUCCUCACAUCCCCGCUGGACUGCGUUCAGACGGUAGUUUUUGGUUCCAAAACAUGGUACGUUUGUGUCAUCAGAGUGGUAGCUGUUUACCCCUGUUGCUGGGUAAAAACUAUGCAGGAGAAGGCAAAACAAAUGGAUGCUUGUUCACUUCCUUUUUGUACUUAAGAAUUUGAAAAUUUCCAUUUGUUUCCAAAGCACCAAUACAGAACGGCACAUGCAUCUAUUUGUCUUGGCUGUAAUACAAAGGUUUUAGAAGAAUGCUGGAGUCAAUUUCUAAGAGCAGAAAUGAGAUAUAAAUUCUCUCACAGGAAAGCGAGUGAGUAAACACAUAAAUGCACAGUUUAACCAAUUAAUAUGUCAUUAAUAGCGGCUCAAUUCCAUGAUGAUUUAGUACAAUUGUGUUCACAUCAGAAGCAGACCGUACCAGAGUUCGCAUUAACCAUUUCCCAGAUCACCCUUUUUAAGCCUGAAACACUGCACGAUUUUCAGCUGUCCCAGAUGAAAGAUUGGCAUCAUGAAACAAUCGUGGCGAUUUCUGUGAUCGUGGCUCCUUAUCGGUGGUCCUAUGUCAUACAGUGAGAGAGAGGUUCAAAGAUGGCCAUUGUUACGGUCUUGCGACCAAAGAAAGCCUACGAUACAGCAUGAUCAUCGCACAGUGUGUUUGCUGGUACAUUCCACAUUUACUGACCAACCGAUGAAAAUGCAACAUGAAAUCAACACGACAUGGCGCUAAAACAAAACUGCUUACCUCAAUCUCUUAUCCUUUCUUUUUCUGCCGCUUCCACUUUUUUCAGCACACAUAAAAACUACAACUGCUAAAGUGUGAUUUAUCAUGUUCUUUUUGUUUAGGCUACCACUAGCGCAUGCUGAUGACAUUUUAUUCUUAUAUAGUAACGUGUGUCGUAUGUACUGUAUGAGUCAAUAGGUGUCAUCAUAGUAUACUCUACACAUGUCAUAGCCAAGUUUAUGAGAUCCAUGUCACACUACUGUAUUUGACAUGCAAUGAUCGCUAAAAUCGUGCAGUGUGUCUCGUGGGUGCACAUUUAGAAUACACUGAUCCACAUUAACCACAUUAACUCUGAUGUCAUACAAGUCCAGGUGCACACCAAAAGUCAGGUGGAUUCUGAUUGGCUGUCAAUGUUUUUGUUGUGUAUCAGCUGGAAAAAAAAAAGUUUGGAGUUUGGCAGAAUGAAUAAUCUCCCGCUUUUGUUGCACCAAAAAGAGUAACUGAGACAUUCUGGCUAAAAACUUAUUUUGGGUUUCACAGAAGAAAGAAUAUUUAUACCCUUUUGAAAUGACAUUAGGAUCAGUAAACAAUGCCAACAUGUGGGUGACUCGGCCCAAUCGAAAGUUCAUUUGAAGUUAAUUCACUGAUUUCUUAUAUUUGUACAUAUAUUUUGUACACUUUUUAUCUGUAAUAUCAUUCCUAAAACAUCAGGUGGCUUUGGGUGGUUCCAUGUCCCAUGCGGUUAAUAUUGGUCAUAUUUUAAUGCCAUCAUUUAGGUGUGCUUUAUUUCAAAGUAUUUCCGCUGUUCUCAAAUUAAUUUUGCAUGACUGUUCUCCUCCUGUAUCCAAACCUGACAUUAAGAUUUCAGAUGAUCAGGAUGCUAGGUGUAAGAGGGUAAAUGGGCUUUCACAUUUGCGUAUUUGAUUCUUCAUUCAAUAAAGAGAGUGAUGGCUACAGUAAAAUUGCAAUACAAGCGUGUUGAACAUCAAAACUGCAAUACAGAUGUACGGAACUGGACCCUCUCAUCUCUGAACGUGGCAAUUUUUCCGACGAGCAUUUAGUGACAGUUCUCAUAGGUAGUUGAAUCCAUGUGUUGUCUACAUGUGGGAAACUCUACUAAGCUACUAAACGUUCUCAUGAUGAGGUGUAGGUGCUAAGAGUCUUCACCCGCU